AUGUUAAAAAUUGGUAUUAAAAAGAACCUAGAACAAAAACAAGCAACAGAAGAAAAUAUUCACACUGCGUUACAACAAUUGUUACUCCAUUACCGAACGACUGUACAUGCGAAUACAAAUGUAUCCCCAGCGGAAGUAAUGUUUUCAAGGAAAAUAAGAACGCGUUUAGAUUUAGUUUUGUCGGCCAAGCAGCAACCGCGUUCAGAUGUAAAUACAGAUAAGCGAGUGCGUGAGCUUGAGAGGGGAGAGAGAGUGCAGUGUAGGAAUUAUUUUGGAUCAAAGAAAUGGUGUUUCGGAGCAGUCAAACAGCGUAUACGAAAGCUGAAUUACGAAAUCGCAUUGGACGACGGGCGAACGUGGAGGCGCCACAUAAACCAGAUACGAAAAAUCGGCCGGGGUACGCAAGUUCAAGCCAAUGAUGACUGGAACUUCGACUACAAACCACCGGAAGAUCCGGAAACCGCGCAACCGCAGAGUGAGGAGCAGAACGGUCCUCAAGAUCCCCCAGAACAGAUGAGGGAUACGGGAACGCUAGAACGACACAUGCAAAAUCGAAGACCGCCCCAGCGAUACGGCGACGUUUAUGUACAUUAG